AUGUUCGAGGAAGCCCGUCGCAAAGUUACGGCCAGAGUACUACACGUUGACGUUAAUCAUUCACCGAUCUGUACCAAAAGGAACCACCCUGAAGCUUCCCGUGGUUGGAUGAACUGCAUCGCUGGACCGUACGACCCUGCCACCUAUCACGUGAAGUACACGCACACCGUGUUUGUUCAGUUGGAAAACGAAGAGCUGCAUUUGUCCAUACCGAGGAAUAACAUUCAUCGCCAUGCGACGUUCAAGUGCUUUGACUAUGAUGCUUCAUUCGACAAAGAGCAGAUGUUUGAUCUGAGAGAAAUUUUAGAAAUGCAUUUAGGCGCUAUGGUGACGCUGAGGCCGAAGCGCUUGGCGCACCGACGGUGGUGGUCGCGUAAAUACCCGAUCUGCAUCAAACUGAGACGACCACCGGCCGACAGUGACGAAAACAUGUACACGACCGAAGAAGAUUUCGAUUCGGCAGGUACGUCCGUUGUCAUGUGUAUAACUUCGCACUUAGAUCAUCGGUUAGGAGGUGCCACGAGGCAGGCGUCUUUGUCGGACUCUGAUCUUUGUUCAACGCUUCGAACGAAGUCACGGAAAAACCGUUUCUACUGCUUGAUGCUGUUCGCGCGAUCGAGUAGGGAAAAGGAGCACUGGUUCCACAAGUACGGAGAGAGUAUCUCAGCUGUGCUGAAUUAUUUGACGUCCUCGUCUCCGCAAUCGUAUUUAGAAUCAGACGCGUGGUUUGCCAGCAUCGAGGCCGCAUGCUGA